UUUCUCGGAGCAGUCCCGGGGCUAUAAAUAAUAGUUGCCAUAAAUCAAAACAUGUGUCACAUCUGUCAAUGCCGGUCUGCCAAUCAUCUGUUGAUCUGUCAAUACACAUGACACUUAAGCAGUUGAAAAGUUGGAAAAGCGAUAAAAAAAAUAACACGUUGAUAUUGUAUUUAAAAAGAAUAAAAACCAUGGAAUUUAUUGAAUUGAUUUUAAUAAAUAAAUUAGAUGGAGUUAUUUUAAAAUAUCCACAUCAUGACAACGUAGACGGUACUGUGUGUAUUACAGGACAUCAUCUUAUAUUGAGUUCCAGAAAAGAAGGCGUUCGCGAGUUAUGGCUGCUUCACAAGAACAUAGACACCAUAGAGAAAAAAGAAAAUAAACCAAGUAGUGGUGUAACACAGGGAGGAUCCUUAUUUCUCAAAUGCAAGGAUCUAAGGAUAUUUCAGUUGGAUAUUGCUAGUACUACAGAAUUGAACCUUAUGGCACAGACUUUAGAGAACCUGUCAAACUUACAGGACCCAGGACUUUUUUACCCAUUUUUCUACAGACAUAUGCAUCCUAUUGUAGAAAAUGGAUACACACUGUAUAGCAUAGAGGGAGAAUUCACAAAAGUACUGGCCACUGAAGAGUGGAGAGUGUCACGUGUAAACCAAAAAUACAGUGUAUGCUCAAGCUAUGGAAAAGCAGUAGUUGUCCCUAAAGGUGUUGAUGACAGCACCCUGACCAUUGCAGCGAGUUUCAGACAAGGCGGCAGGUUCCCUGUCUUGUCCUACAGGCAUAAUAAUGGAGCAGUAUUAAUGCGAGCCGGUCAACCCCUCUACGGGCCCAAACACCGACGAUGCCGCGCCGACGAAGCGAUACUCAACGCAGUGGUGGCAGUUGGCACUAAAGGAAUCAUAUAUGACCUUAGGAGCUCGAAUUCUAUUUCACAACAGCAGAAUAAAGGUGGUGGUGGUACAGAAAGCAAUUCCAAUUAUUCACAAUGGAAAAUUUACAACAGAUCUAUGGACGACGUCGAUAACCAGCAGCAACUGUUAGAUAGCUAUUCCAAACUAAUUGAGGCGUGCAAUGAUAGAGAUAUUUCAAGUGACAAGUGGAUAUCGAGGUUGGAAUCUUGCGGGUGGCCGGAAAGCGUAAGGAAUUCUUUGCACACUGCCUGUAUUGUGGCGCAGCAUAUACAUCAGAAAGCGGAACCAGUACUUAUUCAUGGUACGCGAGGUGAAGACGCAACGUUACUUGUGUGUUCACUGGUGCAAAUUAUACUGAAUCCAGACUGCAGAACCAUUAGGGGUCUGCAAGCGCUCAUAGAACGCGAAUGGCUACAGGCUGGUCACCCAUUCGGCGCUCGCCACCGCUGCGGGCCGUACUCGGCGUCUCAGCCGCGCGCCGCACCCACGUUCACGCUGUUCAUGGACUGUAUCAGACAAUUUCUGGAGCAGUUCCCCUGCAGCUUCGAGUACCGACAGUCGUAUCUCGUCACGUUGUUUGAACACUCCUACGCUAGUCAAUUUGGAACGUUCCUCUGCGAUACCGAGCAAGAGCGGGAGUCCCGCGGCGUUUACGAGCAGACGACGAGCACGUGGUCCUGGCUGAACCAGCCCGACGAGCUGCCUUCAUACAUCAACCCGUUGUACGACCCCACGCCCAGUGUCAUAUGGCCUUCUGUGGCACCCAUGAGCUAUGUUAUAUGGGAAGAGCUCUACUUAAGAUGGCUAGUCGAACAGCACACGGAACAACGCGAAGAACAAUACAGGGUUAUCCGCUCAAAAGAGCAACAACUGCGUUCACAAGCGCAGCAACUAAGGCGGGAGUUGUUCGACGUCGCGCACCAAUAUUACAGCGACGGGAAGAGUGAAGUUAGCGGCAAGUAGCAUAGAAGGCGGUCGCCGAGACGGCAGCCAAUCAGGUACGGCCUCGUUUUGGGCGAUGUUUACGAUUUGGAAAUUCGAUUUCAUAGUUAGAGUCCGUGGAGCGAGAUUUGAAUAUGGAAUAUAAAGAAUAAAACAAAAAUGUGUAAGUGCUUUGGCCAAGGAACUUCAAUCCAAUGUAAAUAAUAAAAGCGUAGUAAAAAAAACUGACAAGCAAGCUUCAAGCGGGAGGAAAUACCUUUUAAAGUACCUCAUAACAUAUUGAAGACCAUUAAAGGUAAUUAUGCAUACUGACAUUUGUAGUUGCGUUAUAGUUUCAUGGGCCUAGUUCAUACAUAUGACCAUGGUGUUUUAUUCAAAGUCUUAAAUCAAUGUACCUACAUGUGCUAUGUUCAAAAAGCAAGUAUGCAUCGUGUAGGACGCUUCGCUUGUGUAGCUUGUGUAGGUGUAGUUUCAAUCUAAAUCGUCAUGUCAUACUUAUGGAAAAAUUUAUCACCUUAUUAUGUUAUCUUUAUUGAUACGAUGAAAAGAGACAGAGUUAUUUCUUUUCUCAAUUUUAUAUCCUACCGAAAUUUAGUCAGUUAAAAUACCUAUGACAGUAAUAAAAACUAUAAUAAAUAUGAAUAGUAAAAUUAUCUUCAAAAUAAUAUUAUGAAACACCGCUUUUAAGUAGAGCACGACCUUUUUUAACUUUUAAUCUCAAAAAGUAAAAAAGAGUAUGUAAUAAAGUAAAUAUGCAGGUAUUUUCAUCACAUUUUUUAGUAAUUGAGGCUUUAAUCUAGUUAAGAUAAGCAGCCGCCGUAGCAUGCCACGCGCGACGCCAUUUUAGUCGAGCGGAAAACUAUCGCUGUUUCGCUUUUUAUUAUGACGUGAAACGUGACAGCGAUAGUUUUUCGCACGAUAACAACCGCGACGCACCUGCUAUGCUACGGGGGCCGGAUACAUAUAUUAUUACAUACAUAUAUACAUAAAAUCACGUCUCUUUCCCGGAGGGGUAGGAAGAGACUAUCUCUUUCCACUUGCCACGAUCCCUGCAUACUUCCUUUGCUUCAUCCACAUUCAUAACUCUCUUCAUGCAAGCUCGGCGGUUUCGGGUACUUUUGACCUGACCAGGACGUCCUUAAUUUGAUCAAGAUAUGUUCGUCUAGGUCUUCCCACUCCGACCUUUCCCAUAUAUAUUAAUAAUUGAUAAUUGAUAAAUCACACUAGUGCAAUAAAGCACACUAAAAUAAUACCUUUAUUAUUAAGAAAACAUAAAAUGACCAGAAAAUAUCGGCCAUAAUGUUAAUAAUAGGUUAUCAUAAAUGUCAAUUGCGUUAAAUUAAUGUAUUAAAAUAUCAAAAAAUUUAAAUUCUGUUAUAUGAAAGCCAAUAUACGGCUUUCAUAUAACAGAAUUUUGCAAAAAAAUAUAUAUCAUUCUCUAGAACAAGCUCUCUACAUUAAACAGUUUUAAUCAUAAUAUCAUAUAUAUUUUUUCCAUUUAUAAAUAAACUUUAAACACAAAUGUAUACACAAUACAUUUUUUAUUGUUUGAAUUCGGUUCAGUCCGAUGCGAUCUGCGCUUACUUUAUACUUAAAGGUAGCUUCGUAAACGUAGUGCUUGUUUUAUAAAACGGUUAUUAUAAUAAAAUGCUAAGAUACGAUAUAAAAUUUAAACUGAAAUUUGCGACGGAUGCCAUAAAGAGAACAUUAACGUUUACUGAACAUUUGUGACCGUAGUAAAUUAUAUUAUGGCAAUUAACGUAAAAAGCUUUAAUUCAACCAAUUAUAUAUUCGUAGCUUCAGUUUAUAUAGCGUUAUAUCGUUUUGUAUAAUAUGUAACUGUAAAAAUAAACAUGAAAGUAUAAACAAUGCAUAAAUAAUGGUUAAUAGGAAUAAAAAAAUGUUAUUACCUUAAUAGGCUACUUAUUUUUUUAAAAUAACAUUAUUUAAUCUAUUAAAUAAUUACUACACCAAUUAAUAUAAUUAGAUAGGAUUUGUAAGACUGUAUAUUUUAUAUUGCAAAUUAUUAUAUUAUAAGUAUAAGUACCUACUUAUUCGGCGUUUCGCGUGACACGUUUUAUUUAUUAUGAAUAGGCAAUAAUGGGUGCACUAUAUUACUAUAACGAUAGCAACCUGUCAAACCUGUCAGAUUAAGCAACAUUUGUGUUGUACUGUACCAUUUAAAUUUUUCAUACUACUUAUAUGAAUUGUUAAUGCAAAAAUAUUAAUACUGUAUGUAUCCUGUAACUGUAAUGAUAUGGUGCAAUUCAUACUUCUGCAUUCCGGAAUAAGUUAUGAGGAGAGAAAGAGAGAAUAGUUUCUUUUUUUUUAUGUACUCUCUUUGCCGAUAUAGGUCUUUUAUGUUGGAUCUAUUUAAUGUUUUUGAAUUUUGAAACUUGAUCUCGAAAGGAAGGGGGUUUUUCAUGUUUGGGAAUAAGAAACCCUCUGUUAAGUAGAUACACUUUGUAUGAACAUACAUGAAAUCACCUCUUACCCGAAGGGGUAGGCAGAGACUACAUCUUUUCACUUGCCACAAUCCGUUACUAUCAUUAUCGAUCAAUCUACUCUGUAUGCAUAAUAAGGAAAUUCAUAAUAUUGCGUAAUGGCUCUCUGUCAUAAAAUGUUUUUAUGAUUUCACUCUAUAAAAUACCCAGUUAUGGGUCAUAAUGUUACCAAUGUCUCUCAUGAACAUAAUUUAUUUAGUGUACAUAAUUCAUUUUACAACUACUAGUUUUUAACCGCGGCUUUGCGUGUUAUCCUACAGGAACACUUCAAUACUGGGAAGACUACGAGAAAAGCUUUUUCUUAAUUUUUUUGAUCGGUAUGUAGGAAGUAUUUUAUAUAAGUAAUGAUCGAGCUUAUUAUAUGACCAAAGUUUUAAACAUUCAAUUCAUUUUCUAUUUUACAAGUAAUAAAAUUUUUGCAAAAUAAUAAGAAUUUUUUUAUCUAUUAUUUGGGAGGUCGCUUAUAGUUUCAGCUCUAAUAUCGGAUAUAAAAAGCUUUUUUUCAUGUAAGUACCUACCCAUGUCAUGACAUUUCUUUUUUGCGGUUUGGCUAUUUAGUUUUGGAAUAUUAUCACUUGUCACCGUAUGUUAUCACAUCGUGCUAUCGUUUAUGUUCUGUAUGUAUCAAUGACGUGCAUUAUAUAAAGUAAAAAAGUAAAGUGUUCCAACCAGUCUUAGUUGAAAUAAUCAAAUUAAAAUAUGAAAAAUGCCUGUACACAAAUCAAUGAUCUCCUAGGCGAGUCGUAUAUUGUUGGUUAAAAAUAUUUCCGUACGGCCUAAAUGACUGAAGAUUAAUUUUCGUAUUAUAUCACACGUUUACAAACUUGUACUAAUGUUAUAUGUAAUUUUUAUUUUUAAAUGUGAUAAGUUAACAUGUAGGUAACAAUUAUAUUAUUCAAAUGUGAUAUAUUUUUAGUUGAUUCUAUUUUAUGAUUUUAUUUUAUGAUUUUAUUUUAUUAAUACAUAAAUGUCUUACAAAUGAAAUAAAUAAAUACAUUUUGUGUACAAUGCUUAUUGUAAUUAUUAAGUAAAGUAUCGAAAUAAAAUCAGUUAAAAGAAAAUGUCACUACAUAAUUACUUAUAAAAUCAGACUAAACUAAGGCUCAUGAACAUGUGUAUGGUAGAGGUAGGUAGGUAGGAAAAUAAAAGUACCUUAGUGAUUAUACAAAUUAUAUAUAAUCAGUAUCUGUGUAACGUAUUUGUUGCCAGAAUUUGCCAUACAUAAAAAUAUGGAGCGGUGCUUGCGCAUACUUAAAAUAUAUUCUUUACUGUAUAAAGUUAUAAAAUUAAAAGUUUACAUAAUAGUAUAAAAUUAUUGCUCACUAUUUCGACCUACUUAUUACUAACCGGUGAGUGUGGAAUACAUUUACUUGAUGUAUGUUCCUUAUUUAUUAAGUUAUAUUUUUAAGGUGUAAUUUUAUUAUUUGCAAAAUAUUUAAUGGUCAAUUUCAAAUAAGAAUGAAU